CGGUGGGGCGCGACCGAUACGGCAGUUAAAAAGGGUGGGACGCCACCUUUCCCGCGGAAAGAGGAGCUCCCACCGCUAAUCCAUCGUCCUCGUCCCUCCCUACCCGCGGCCGGCCACCCACGCCGUUGCUGCUGUUCUGGCGCGCCCUCCACCUCUUCGUCUCUCGUAGGUGCCGUCGUCGGAGCUUGCUUUUGGGGAGCCCCGUCGUGCCUCUCUAAUCGAACAUAGUAAGAGAAUGUGACCAUCCAUUCUGUGAUGCCAUGGGGGAAAUGCCGAAUACUCCAGGUCGUGCGGCAUGAUCUGCUGACCGCCCCAAAUCAACCCGGCCGCGCAUCGACCGUCGUCAUCCAGUCCGACGAGGAGGAGGAGGAGGAGAGGGAGAGGGGGGAGCCACAAAACUAAGAUGUCUUGCUGCGGUGGCGCCGAGGAGGACAGCUACGGCCCGCCGGCCAACCAGGCGGUUCCACCACCCAAUGCCAACGCCCCCGGCAACAGAGGCGGGCCGAGAGGACCGGGGGCGCCGAGGGUCGGCGGCCCCGCCAAGCCCGUCAGCAUUGACGUGCCCGCCAUACCCUUCGACGAGCUCAAAAGGAUCACCAACAACUUCAGCGACCGCGCCCUCAUCGGCGAGGGCUCCUACGGCCGCGUCUACAACGCCACGCUCAGCGACGGCCGCGCCGCCGUCAUCAAGAAGCUCGACACCAGCGCCUCGCAGGACUCCGACACCGACUUCGCCGCGCAGAUCGCGAUGGUCUCCAAGCUGAAGAACGAGUAUUUCCUGGAGCUCCUAGGGUACUGCUUGGAAGACGGCAACCGAAUGCUAACCUAUCAGUUCGCCACAAUGGGUUCUUUGCACAACAUACUACACGGGAAGAAGGGAGUCCAGGGCGCGGAGCCCGGUCCCGUCCUCAACUGGGCUCAGCGAGUCAAGAUAGCCUACGGGGCAGCGAGAGGGCUGGAGUACCUGCACGAGAAGGUCCAGCCGUCCAUCGUCCACCGGGACAUCCGCUCCAGCAACGUCCUCAUCUUCGACGACUUCAGCUCCAAGAUCGCCGAUUUCAACCUCACCAGCCAGGGCACCGACACCGCCGCGCGGUUGCACUCCACUCGCGUGCUAGGGACUUUCGGAUACCACGCCCCAGAAUACGCUAUGACAGGCCAGAUCAACCAAAAGAGCGACGUCUACAGCUUCGGCGUGAUUCUUCUAGAGUUGCUGACCGGAAGGAAGCCGGUCGACCACACAAUGCCGAAAGGCCAGCAGAGUCUUGUUACUUGGGCCACUCCGAGGUUGAGUGAAGACAAAGUGAAGCAGUGUGUUGAUCCAAAGCUCGACAGUGACUACCCUCCGAAGGCCGUUGCGAAGCUGGCAGCAGUUGCGGCGUUGUGCGUUCAGUACGAAUCCGACUUCCGGCCAAACAUGACUAUCGUGGUGAAGGCGAUCACGCCUCUUCUGAACGCGCCCAAACCGGCAGCUCCAGCCGCGCCACAGUCCUGAUCAACCCAGACGACAGAAUUAGCCUGGACCUGGACACGGUUCCCCUGAUCUGUUCCUCAUUGCAGAUGUAUGCUAAGGAACCACGCAUCCUUGCUCCAUCCAUCCAUUGCAUACAGGGGAAUUUUGUAAAAUGUUAAUCCGGUACUCUGAAUUCGUGUGCUUUUCCUUGUUUGUUUGCCUGGCUUGUUGUGAGUUUGUGAUAUAACAUGUGCAGCUUUAGAAAGUACACAUAUGCUGUUUCCAGCUAGAAAAAUUACGCGAGACCUCCAAAACCUUUUUAGUUCACAUGAAGUGAUACUGAACAAGAGCUUGCAGAUUGAGUGCUAA